AUGGUUGAUGUUGAAUGCUUGAAGAAUCACGUGGCACAAUAUAAAAUUUCAAAAGAUACUGCAGGAGAAUUUCAUAAGCAAUUAUUUACGAAACACAAAGAUAUAGCUGCGUAUUACAAUGCGGAACACAUUGAACCAGAUUCAAUAGCAAAAUCUCAUAAAUUUAUCAUGUAUGGAAUGCAGAUUUUACAGUCUUUUUUUACUAUGCCUCAAGUUUUUGGUGAUGAUCGUAAAUGGAGAUCCACUCUUUCUGACUUUAAAGAUCAUUAUGAAGAAUUCAAUAUACCUCUUAGUGAAUUUAUUAAAACCAAAGAUGCUUUGAUAGCAGCCAUGGAACAACACGCUGGUGGUGUAUCUGAUGAACAGAGAACAAAUUGGAAUGCACUGAUUGACCAAGCUUACAGUGAUAUGAAAGAAUGGGGAUGGUAUUAA